ACCCAGUGUGACCAGUUUGGUCUUCCUAGCCCGGUCACCACAGCCAUCGUCCAGCGGGGGACGCUAAAGAGAGGCUGCGUGCUGGUUGCUGGGAAAUCCUGGGCUAAAGUUCGCUUCCUGUUUGAUGAGAACGGCUGCGCUGUGAAGGAGGCGGGGCCGAGUACUGCGGUGGAGGUGGUUGGCUGGAAGGAGCUGCCAUCAGCUGGAGAGACCAUCCUGGAGGUGGAGUCUGAGCAGCGAGCGCGGGAGGUGGUGGAGUGGAGAAGUCACGAUGAGGAGCAGCGGAAACUGCAGGAGGAGCAGAGCGCCAUCGAGCAGAAGCAGAAGCUCCACCUGGAGGAGUACCGCAGGGAGAGGGAGGGGCUGUCCCACCUGAGCUGGAGGCAGAGGAAGGUGGCGCUUUACCGGGCCAACAAGAGCCGCUUCGCCACGAGGCCCAGCGAGAGGAUGCAAAGCGACCAGCUCAGCCUGCCGCUCAUCGUCAAAGGUGACGUGGAUGGCUCGGUGGAGGCCAUCCUGAACAUCCUGGACAGCUACGACGCUCAGCAGCAGUGCGAGCUCGAGGUGGUCCAUUUCGGCAUAGGAGACAUCUCUGAGAACGACGUCAACAUGGCCGAAAUGUUUGGAGGCUCCAUCUAUGGCUUUAACGUGGCGGCGAGCCGUGGCAUCGAGCAGCUGGCGGCGAAGAAAGGCAUCCCGCUGCGCCUGCACAGCGUCAUCUACAAGCUGGUAGAUCAGCUGAAGGAGGAGCUCGGCGCCAAACUGCCACCGCUCGUCUCCGAGAACAUCACAGGUGAGUCGGCACCACACG